CUCACCACCACCUCCACCACCUCACACAUCCUUGACUCGUCUGGCUCACAUAUAACACAGCUACAGCCCUCGAAGGCCGCACACACUUCAUCAUGGCACCGAUAUACGUCGAUGAAGCCGCCGGCUCAGACGACACCGGCAAGGGCUCCCAGGAGGCUCCCUACCAGUCCCUCGCAUUCGCCCUCUAUACCCACCCCGAUGGCCAGUUCCAGAUACGCAAGGAUGCUGACACGCCGUACGACGAGCCUACGCAGUCCGCGCUGAAGAAGGCGAAGAAGGGUGCGGACGGCAUCGAGAAGAAAAAGAAGAAGGCGGAGGAGCUCGCGCAGCGCGAGGCUAAAGAGAAGGCCGAGGCGCGGGAGCGCAAGGAGAAGAAAUUGGAGGAGAGCAAGAAGAUAGUUCUACAGGAGGACCCUGGCUUGCCCAAGGCGACCAAGGCGAAGAUCGCGAACCUCACCCCCCUCCGCUCACAACGCGUUCGCACGUCCGGAUGGGUACACCGUCUCCGCGACCAGAAGGAGAUCAUCUUCAUUGUCCUCCGCGACGGUACUGGCUACCUUCAGUGUGUUCUCUCCGGACAGGUCGCGCAGACGUACGAAGCUCUCACGCUCACACUCGAGUCGACCAUCGAAGUCGUUGGCACGCUCAAAGUCGUUCCCGAAGGUCAGACCGCUCCCGGCGGCCAUGAGCUUGUAGUCGACUACUGGAAGGUCCUUGGUGCGGCUCCUGGUGGAGACGAGGCAUUUACCAACCGUCUGAACGAGAAAUCGGACCCCUCCAUCCAGGCCGACCUUCGCCAUCUCGUCCUCCGCGGCGAGACCGCGUCCGCGGUCCUCAAGCUCCGUGCUGCACUCCUCGCCGGCUUCCGCUCCUCCCUCACCUCGCACGACCUGCUCGAGGUCACCCCACCCUGUCUCGUCCAGACACAAGUUGAGGGUGGUGCGACGCUCUUCAAGCUCGACUACUACGGCCAGCCCGCGUUCCUCACGCAGUCCUCUCAGCUCUACCUCGAGACGUGCCUGCCCUCUCUUGGGGACGUCUUCUGCGUCCAAGAGUCGUUCCGCGCUGAGAACUCGCACACACGCCGGCACCUCGCCGAAUAUACGCAUCUGGAGGCUGAGCUGGCGUUCAUCACGUUCGACGACCUCAUGACGCACAUCGAGGCGAUCAUCUGCGAGACCGUCGACAAGCUGCUCGCGGACCCGGCAUCGGCUACACUGAUCAAGCAGCUCAACCCCGGCUUCGUGAAGCCAGAGCGGCCGUUCCUGCGGCUGUCGUACGUGGACGCGAUUGAAUGGCUGAACAAGCAUGACAUCAAGCAUGAAGCCGAGGAUGCGGAUGGCAAUGUCAUCAAGGACGAGCAGGGCAACCCGGUCAUGGUCGAGCACAAGGUCGGGGACGACAUCGCGGAGGCGGCAGAGCGUCGCAUGACGGACAUCCUCGCAAGGCCAGUGUUCCUGUACGGGUUCCCGGCGGAGUUAAAGGCGUUCUAUAUGAAGAAGAUUAAGACGGAAGGGGAGCAGGGCUCGACGACCUUCACGGAGAGCUGUGACCUGUUGAUGCCGGGCGUUGGAGAGAUUGUUGGGGGAUCGAUGAGGAUUGCGGAUGCAGACGAGAUGAUCGCUGCGUACAAGCGCGAGGGGAUCGACCCCGAACCAUACUACUGGUACACUGACCAGCGCAAGUACGGUACUUGCGAGCACGGGGGAUACGGUCUUGGCGUCGAGCGUCUCUUGGCUUGGCUCGCCAACCGUUACACGGUCCGCGAGUGCUCGCUCUACCCCAGGUGGCCGGGACGCGCGACGCCCUAGGUGUGAAUAGCAGAGUUCGAGGUCAACGCAAGGUGUACUUCCUAGGUGUAUGACAUAGACCAGGGUUUCCAGCUGUCGAGCAGUUCCGUCGCAAUCGCGAAUGUUGUGCUAUAGUGCCAAUAAAUUAUUACGGCUUGUUCUAGGUAUCCACAUCUUCCUCUGCAGCGAAACAUGCAGAUGUUCCUGUACGGUCUAAUGUAAUAUAGGACACACUUGGUCCACACAAGGAAGAUAUUAUGGAAGGAUCCUCAAU